GGCACUAUUCAGUCUCUUUAGAAACUUCUCCAGGGGGAAAGUGUUGGGAGAUCUACAAAGUGGAAUUCUUUUCUUUUUCCUCUUUUCCUCCUUUGCUCUCUUUGUCAAAGAGACUUUGUAAAAACCCUUCAACAGAAAACCUCUUUGUUGUUUUUAACCCAAUCUAGGAAAAGGAAGGUUUUUUAAAAAAAAAAAUUACAGCCAGUCCCAAGCUAAAUCUCUUCUUGACAAAGCCCAGCUUUACCUGCUUUAGUGCUACUCCAGACAUUUUUUAAUUUGCUGCAGAUCGUAUCAGGACAGUCGAAAAGAAGCUUGUUCAAUUCUUUGCUUCCUCCCCAGCCUCUUGCAGACUUUGCUUUUUAGUGGGGCGUGUGGAUUAUUUUAUACUUCUUUGUGCAGCCUCGCCAAAGCUAUUCUUGCUCUUUAAAAAAAAUUUUUUAAAAACACCCUUUUCCGGUGACUUUUUUUUUUUCCUUUUUUGAAUUACCAACCUGUUGCAUCUGUAGUUCUUGCAACUGUCAGCUGCAGACAACCUGUGAUAUAGCGUUUCUUUUAUAACAAUCUAGGUGUUCUUUUUAAAACAUUCUGAUUAAGCUCUUUUUGGGGGGGAACCUUAAAGGAGAAGAGACUUAUUUUGAGGGGGGGUUUGUCUCCAAAAAGAACUUUGUUUUUCCUUUCGUAACUCCUGCAGCGGUGCGCCUGACACAGAGCCCUGAAGAUGUUCCUGAUGCAGGCGCUGCUCGUGUCUCUGUGCCUGGGGCUUUCGCAAGGCUUGGGUUCCUUUGUGCACUGUGAACCUUGUGACGAAAAAGCCCUCUCCAUGUGCCCUCCCAGCCCUGUGGGCUGCGAGCUGGUGAAGGAGCCCGGUUGUGGAUGCUGCAUGACGUGCGCUUUGGCUGAAGGGCAGUCCUGUGGGGUGUACACAGAGCGAUGCGCCCAAGGCUUGCGCUGCCUGCCGCGCCAAGGCGAGGAGAAGCCCUUGCACGCCCUGCUCCAUGGCAGAGGGGUCUGCCUCAAUGAAAAGAGUUACAGAGAGCAAGCUAAGAAUGAAAGGGAAUCCCGGGAGCAUGAAGAACCAACCACUUCUGAGAUGGCUGAGGAGACCUAUUCAUCCAAAAUGUACAGAAAUAAGGGGCUUGGGCGCUUCUCUGAGCUAAAGGUAGAGGCAUUGAAGAAAGACCGCAAGAAGAAGUUGACCUUAUCGAAGAUUGUGGGUGGGGCAGAAAACACUGCACACCCUCGAGUUGCUGCUCCAGAGCUAAGACCAGAAUUCGAAUUGGGCCCUUGCCGUCGGCAAAUGGAGGCCUCGUUACAGGAACUCAAAUCUAGUCAGCGAAUGAUCCCUCGAGCUGUUCAUCUGCCCAACUGUGACAGGAAAGGUUUCUAUAAAAGGAAACAGUGCAAACCAUCUCGGGGCCGAAAGCGUGGGCUGUGCUGGUGUGUGGACAAGUAUGGAUUGAAGCUGCCAGGAACUGAUUACGUAGCUGGAGACCUGCAGUGUCACAACUUUGACAGCGGAAACACAGAAUGAAGAUCCCGGCUGCCUCUCUCUGCCAGAGCCCUUCCCCACCCAUCACCCACCCACACCUCACGAUGUCCCAAGAAACUGAUUCCUUUCAUCUCAUUUAAGAAACUGUGGACCUCGGAAUCUACAGAAUGUCAUCGGCUUCUAGGAGUGGCAAUGAAAGAGACUGAAGGAGAAAAGGCAACCCAUUAAGGUGGAAGGAAGGAAGGAAGGAAGGAAGGAAGGAAGGAAGGAAGGGAGGAAGGAAGGAAGGAAGACCAUGAAGACCAUCUCCAUGGGACAGGGCCAUCAAGAAGCUCAUAUGCCACCAUGCUUGCCCUUGACUCUAGCCUGCCACCCAGAGAAACACUGACCUAGGAAGCUCUCAGAGGCACUUGAAUACUAUUUCCUUUUCUCCCUUCUUUGAUAUUGCAGUUUUAAAGCUUUUCCAGUUUAAAAAGUACUUAGUUUAACCAAACAACUCUUAGGACAAGCAGGCCUCUCAUUAUCUAUUAUCUACUUGGGCAUGUUUUUCUUUCUUCCUUCCUUUUUUUAAAAAAAAAAAUAUAUGUUCAUUUCUGGAACCUCUCUCUACUUUUCCCUAACAAGGACUAAAGCUUGUCAGUGCCCUUGCCCUCUAUGACUUCCCUUUUAUUAAAAAGCAAAAGGUCAGAUGACAACAGGAUCCUAUAGUGGGAUGAAGCAAAAUUAAGAAUUAAAAACUUAUUGUUCCUGGUGGGUUUCUUUCCCAGGACAGCAAAAGGGUUCAACCUGAUUAUUUAAAGUGUCUUGUACAGCCCUUUCCUAUGUAAAUACAGAUGUUUACUCUUUGUUCUCGAUUGAACAAUCCCAUUUCCUUACAAGCAAAGCCCUUUGAUUUUCAUUGUGCAUGAAGGCCUAGCAACUUGUUCAGGGCUACUUGCAUAAGUCAAAGGUGUUCAGCGUUGUAUAUUUGCAGGAAAAGUGCCCAAGUUGAAACAUGGUUUGCCAGACAUCUUGCAGGCACUUAAAGCCUGAAAUGUUUGUUGCUUCUAUAAACGCACCUGUGGAUUUCCACAUUCUGACAGGCUAAAACAGUAAGAUCCCUUUGCCUUUUUUUGUUUUUUAACUCUGGAAGGACACCUGAUUCUUCACUAUGAUAUCCCGAAUGUCCUUUACAAUGAAAAUUCCAAAAAGCUGGUUGAUGAUUUAUAAAGUUACACAUACUAGAAAUAUAAACAUGAUCUGUAAUAAGGGAAAUGUUUUACCAUUUCCCCAUAUCUACAACAUUUAGAGAAGUCUCUGUAGGCAGAGGCCUCUACUAUUUCAAAGCAUACUUGAGUGACUGGCUGCCCCUCUCCCCUGACAGAGCUUUGGCAUCUCUAACAGCUGCUUAGUAAGCAGAAAUUCAACAGUGAAGAUUUGAUCUACACUAAUGCAUUAUUUGUCCUGGGGAGAAGCUGUAUCUAUUUAAUUUUUGACACUGCCCCACUGUUAAAGACCUAGGGACCCUGUCAGGAAAGGAAGAGAAACCAAACCCAUACAACUACUCGCAGAGACCAUUGAUUCAACAGCUUUUGCAUGCAGGCUUGGGCAGACCACUAAAGCUGUUUAAUUUCUUUGUAAUGAUAAUUGUUGCUUUAAUUCUUUGUUACGUCUCCAUGGACGCUGCCAUAACAAGGUGGUGGUGGUGGUUGUUUUCCAAUGCCCAUAACAAUGGAUGAAAGGCAAGGCAACUACAAGAAGGAACAGCUCCCACUCUGACUGGGGGAUGAAUCCUUGACUCAGCAGCCAGCAAGAAAUAUUGGGCCAUCAUGAUCUAGCCCAAUAUAAGACAGUCCUUAAUAUGUUUCCCUUCUGAGAGAGAACUCCAAAGGACUUGAGGACUUCACUGGGACUGGCUGCAAGCACUUCCAAGCCAAGUACUGAUCAGAAACCUGGAGAAAGGAGCUGGCUUCCUGAGAGCAGGCACAGCAAGCUUACGACUGUCCAGCAUCUGGAAAGGACAGUCUGACAGGACCAGAAGGAUACCCAUGAUGCACAAUACUCACAACUAACGCAGAUGAAAAGAAAUAAGAAAUCUUCCUGACAGGAUUGGCUAUUGCAUCCAAAUGACUUUGGUGGGUUUUGCUCUCGGCUCCCCUCCCUUCACCACUAAUAUUCAACUAGGUUCCAAAACUAUGUUGGAAAGCUAAUGAAUAUCUUGCAUUAGCAUGGAUAUGGGAAUUGGUAAGCAAAUUGGGAUAUUUGGCCUCACUAUGAAAGCAGAAGGUAGAUGAGUAAAAUCCUCUCCUUAUAAGGAUGGAUACAACAUUUAUUUCUUCAGUAGGUAUACAUGUUUGAAGUCUGAUUAGUUGUUGGCUACUAUCAACCAUGAAAGAAAAAUUCAGCUCUAUCCAUUUGCCCCACGUUUUGAUAUCUGAUCCAAUUAUUUGUUAUUAUUCAGAUUUCCAGAAAUUAUCACUUCUAAGUGCUCCAUCUGUCGCCUUCCCUGGGCUUUGGCAGCAGUGAUUUCAUAGUUAUUUUUCUAAGAGUUGAGUAUCAGAGUACCAUGAGUUUUCAUACAAACAAAUGGUUGAACUGUACUUUUGGCUGAAAUAUUUGUUACUGUGACAGCUGGAUCCAAGUACUUUCCCAUCUUGCUUUAGGAAGAGGAUAAUAUUCCUAAGUUUACUAUCUCACUAGGCUGGUAACUGGUUGAAUUGUUUAUGUCCUCUUCCCUUCUAAGAAAGCCCUGAAAUAUUCUGCUGGCUCUAUAAUUAGUCAAAAGCCUAAACCUUCCUUUCAAAUUCUAUGAUAGAUAAGAUGCUAGAGACCACUAAUGCUAAUUAAUGACAGUUUUGGGACAGUGAUAUUUAAUAUCCCCAGGGAAAAGCUCUACUGUUAGGAUGGCAUCAGUGGCAUCAAGUAGGAGAAGGUUGAUCUACAUAAUAAAUCCAGAAAUUGAAUGAAUGGACUUCUCUGUCCCAAGUACAUGAUGCAUGAAAAGAGUGCAUAUCAAUGUGAUGGUGAAAGGAAGCGAAUCAGGGCUGUUGGCAACUUGAGGCACUUUUUCGCCAGCACCUGUGAUAACUUAAGCCCAAGCAAAAAGAUUGGCACAUAAUUUUAGAUUUUCUGUCAGAUCUUCUAUGAGGAGUUGGGAAGAGUUAAAUCCAAUCCCCAUCAAUCAUUGCUAAACCACAGCCUUCUCAAACCCUGGUGAGAGAAUUUCUUCUCCAACGAUAGCCAAAUGGCAGUCAGGGGUCUCUUUGGAAAAAUGGUCAGUGUUUCAAGCUGGGAUGACCUAAUAUUGUGAAUGAGUAAUUUGUCUUAGAAUUCCUUCAAAUGACCAAUUGCUGCCAUGGUUAUUCCUGUCUUUACUCUGGACCUGCCAUUUCCAGGGGAAACUCGUGGAGAAAAACCUCUUUGCCUUCCUUCCGUUAUAACUAGACUGGACUAGAGAACAGAAUGGUCCUGCUCAUGUAUGUCAUAUCUGCUAGCUUGUGAUGUUUGAUGGUGGAGGUUGAGUUUGGUCCCCUUUUGAAUGAAUCUGACCCUGCCUAAGGAUGGGUUGGAGCCUCUUUAUUGUCUAUAGGGUAGGGAAUCUUAACAAAAGCAUGUGUCUCUGGGCCCACAGGAUGGUUUUAAGAGACAGAGGAAGCCUGAGGAUUCUAAAAUCAAUGCCUCCUCCCAUAAAGCUAAAGAAGAGAAGGUGAGGUACAUAGGUGCCAUUUGCUGGUCCAUAAAGUAGAAGAAGAUGUACCAGGCACAUAAAAAAAGUGAGGCAAUUUUACAGGUCAUGCUGGAUUUCUGUUACUAUUUUUUUUUUUUUUUUUGCUUAGCUCUUCCCAAAGUAUUCUGACAACUAUAGCUUUCUAAGUGUGUUCAGAGUCCUACUAUACGACUGAAUUUCCUAAGGUUCCUAGAAAGAGAAAUAAUCAUUAAGUUAGAAAGAAAGAUUAUUGUUAAGUACGUGUCAGUCUGAGACACAAAUUCAUCCUAAAUUACAUAAGACGAAAGAAUGUAACUCAAACCCUUCUUCCUUCCCUCCUUGGAUUAGUUUCAAUUCAAGCCACGUUAUUUCCUUUUCCUCCUCCCCCACCAUCCUUCCUUGAUAUGUAUCUGUUGUUUCCUGACCCUUGAAAAUACUAUCCUGCACAGAAUGUCUUUCUUCCUUUCCAGCCUUUCUUCCUUAGUAAAUAAGCUUGAGGAAGGUUGCUGGCCUUCCUAUCCUUGAGAUACAUAAGACAAAUUCUACAAUCAAGGGAGGUGACGCAACAGAAUAAUUUCCCCUUAUAGUUGUUCCCUUGCCAGUCCUGACGCAAUGGUGCUGCCACCACUGUCUCAGAAACUCAUAGUCCCAUCAUCUCAUUAUUUUGCUGGUUGAGACAAGAAAGAGAAACCUAUGUACAUUAGCUAUAGUAGAACCUCUCUUAUAUCUGUAUUAUUUAAUUUUGACUUAAAUAGCCUGGAGGAUAGGGUCACCGUUGCAGACUUCAACCUGCAGAAAGCCAUUUCACUGAAUUUCUUGCCCCAGUACUUAAAAUCUCAUUAGAAAUGCAAGGAAGCUCCUUUUGUAAGCCAUCCCUGCAAGCUUUGAUUGUUUCUAGGAAAGGUGAAUAAAGCAAAGUGGGAGGUGGGUUCCUUCUUAUGAGGGCAGCUAUCUUUAGAAUUAAUUUUUAUUCUUUCUCCACCUACUAGUCUUCUUUACUUUCAAAUCCAGCCAUUUGGAAGAAGAUGAAAUUGCUUCAGGUAGUUGGUUCUGGGUAAAGAACAUCUUUCUUUCUUUCUUUCUUUCUUUCUUUCUUUCUUUCUUUCUUUCUUUUUUUCCUGCAAAGGAGAGGUCUUUCUAGGUUUCUUGCCCAAGCUCCAAAAUAAUUUGAUCAACCAUGACCUAGGGUGGAGGAAAAGGGAAGCAAGUCACUUUGGCCAACAACCCAGCUGCUUUGAAUCUCAUCUUCAUCCUUGACCAAAGGGAGAAGGCUCCCCUGAUUUUCCCCCCCAAUAAAUGACCCUCCUCCCAUCAGAGGAGCAAAUCAGAGGAGGUAAGAAAAAUGAUAAAAGACAAAGCAGUGGGGAAAGCUCCCUUCAGAAGUACAAAGAAUUGAAGUGUGAAGGAGGCUUUGGAGGCACCAAAGGUAGUAAAUUCUGAAGUCCAAGAGCAUCAUCAGCCAAUUGGAAUUAGGAGCAGACCUGGACUCUAACAGCCUUCUCCAACCUGAAGAAUCUCCAGAUGUGUCAAACACUCAACAAACCCUAAGCCACUAUGGUCAGGCGUUAGGGUCCCAAUGCAUCUGGAAAUCACCAAGUCAGAGAAGACUUCUCUAGAGAGUCACACUGCAGCUGAUAAUAUUCAAAGGCAGGCAGCUUCUAGAAUAGCCCAAACUUAUUUGCAGCCAGAGAUCCUUUGUCAGUGCUGUGGUGGACAGUUGUGUUUUGAAACCACUAGUUCAAAGAGGAAGACUGCACUAUUUCUUCACUUCAUCCCUCUCUCCUUCCUUCCUUCCUUCUUUCACUUUUAAUAGAGGCUAGAUAAUUUAUGCAGUUAGCCGAUCACCCCAAUUCCCCUUCUUGUUAGGAGCCUCUCGGCCGAUAAACAAAAGCUUGAGUCCAUCCACUUCCAACCUUGCCCCCUUUAAGCCCUUCCAAUGCAAUGAUUACACCCCAUGGUAGCACAGUGAAAACACAAGAUUCCGAGAUUCUUGCCUGGUUUUGUGGUUUUUGUUUUUCAUUACAUCAUUUAGUCACUACACAUUUUACAGUAGCUUUUAAUAGCUUUACAUACAUACAGUAGUUCUGUGGCUAUUUGUUUUUGUUUUCCUUUGCAGUAAACAAGAAUAUUCAUACUCUUACCAGUUGGGGGGAAAAUGCAGUUUGUGAAAAAAAAAAAUCUGACAAUGGAUGAGGAGUGUAAUGCUCUGUUUAGCAUUUUGUACUUAAAAAAAAAGAAUCUCACAUUUUAUUAAAAGGUGAAGAUUGCUGUAUACUAUUUAUUCAACUUAUAAUUUAUGUUACUCUUUGAUCUUUGUCUUUUCUUAUGACAAAGCAUUUAUUUAAUAAAGUUAUGCAUUCAGUUAAGUCUGUGUGCAUGGCCUAAAACAAGUCUGUGUGUUCAAUAUAAGCUGGAUUAAAAUUGGCCAGCCUGCUAUUAAGCAAACCAAUGGAGAAUCUUUCUUUGGAACUACCAAAAUGGACAUAAGACUUAUACAGAGAUGGAGAUGGAUCAAAGACCUAUUAUUACACAAGUUGUGGAGAAUAUAGGGCACCUCAUGGCAUAGCUGAGCAUCAGCUUUAUCCUUAAUUCAUCAGGGUUCCCCACUGUUUUACUUCACUUUCCCACUAAGAGUCAAUAACAUCCACUUUUUCACAGGAGAGAAGAUAGAGUUGGGAGUAUUAUUAGGUCAAAGUCAAAUCUACACCAUGAUGGCACCAGAACAUUAUGAAUCAAAAUUAUUCCGAACCAGAUCACGAAAACAUUUGUCCUAUUCUAUUGUCCUCUUUGGUGGAGUCACAUUUUGCAAGAUGGAAUAUUGAUUAAUUCGCUAGAAUGUAAAUAUACCACUUCAGAGCCAGCCUGAUGUAGUGAUUAAGGCACCAGGCUAGAAACCAGGAGACCAGGAGUUCUAGUGUUACCUUAGGCACAAAACCAGCUAGGUGACCUUGGGCCGGUCCGUUUCUCUUAGCCCUAGGAAGGAGGCAAGGGCAAACCAUUUCUGAACCCUUUCCAAAAAUUGGCCUUGUUUUUCCUACUUGGGUAUUUGACUGUUGAUUCUUAACAAAUUACAGUACAUUGUCCUAUUAGUAUUGGAAUAAAGGAGAUUCAAGGUUA